UAAGGAAAAUAUUAAAUGUAAUAGUUUUCACUUUGUUUUAAAUUUUAUAGACAAUUUCAAGUAUUUCUCAACAAACUAUUGAUUUAUCUUUGCGUCAUUCUGAUUUUGACAUGAAGCAUUGUUUUCCUUUAAAUUUGUCUAAUUCUGAACUUAUCUUGGGAGUCUUUGGUACAGGAGAUAAUGUUUUGGGGAUACAUUUACAGAAUGAUCAGUUGCUUUCUUUUCUACCAGAUGUGUGUGUCGAAGGAAGAAUAAAAAAAAUCCAAAGCACUCAGAAUAGUAGAUAUCUUAUUGUAUUGGAUGAAAAGAAACAUCUUUAUAUUAUUUGCACUUUUACAUUGUUGAUCAUAAAUAAAUAUAAUACAGAUAUAGAAGAUUUUAUUUUAUUGGAAUUUAAAGAUUGCCAAAAAAUGGAUAGUAAGAUAGCAGUACUAAAAUUCUCUGAAUCCAGUUGGUGGUUUCAAAUUUGUCUGUUUCCAUCUUUAGAUGUUACUUAUAAUUUACAUCUAAAUGAUUAUGCUAUUUUAGUUACUAUGCCAUCCAAUCAGGAUUCCAUUUAUGUUGUUGAUGGAUUGAAGAAAAAUGAAAUUGGUGAAGAACAUAUUUCACAGUUAAGGGUAAAAAGUAUUGAAGAUACAUUACCAGAAAGAAGGUUAAUAUAUUAA